UACAGCAUACUACACACUAAGAAGCGUCGACUCUCUUCACAAAUUUAGGAGUCGAAUCCCAACGUUGGCAACACAAAGAUGAUCAUUCUCCGCGACGAAAUCCUGCUCUGGGAGAUCGCCUCGGCGGCUCUCCUCUUCCUCAUCACCUGCUUCUUUUUUAGGUCCCUCCUACUUCGCUUGAACCCCCGUCAGGUCCCGCCGGGGCCGAAAGGGUGGCCGGUCGUCGGCGUGCUCCCGCUCAUGGGGAACAUGCCCCAUGCAACCCUAGCGAAGAUGGCCAAGAAGUAUGGGCCGAUGAUGUACCUGAAAAUGGGCUCGCGGGACAUGGUCGUGGCGUCGACCCCCGAUGCUGCCCGAGCUUUCUUGAAAACCUUAGACCUAAACUUCUCCAAUAGGCCUCUAGAUCUGGGUGCAGUCCAAAUGACCUAUAAUGGUCAGGACAUGGUCUUCACCGACUAUGGCCCGAGGUGGAAGUUGCUUAGGAAGCUGAGUAAUUUUCACAUGCUCGGAUGGAAGGCCCUCGAGGACUGGGCUAAUGCUUGGUCGGCCGAGCUACAGUACACGGUCAGAUUCAUGUGCGAGUGUGGCGAGCGAGGUGAGCCGGUGGUGGUGCUGGAGAUGUUGACCUAUGCCAUGUCGAACAUGAUGGGGCAAGUCGUCGUAAGCCGAACGGUGUUCGAGAAGAAGGGCUUCGAGUCGAAGGAAUUCAGAGACAUGGUGGUAGAGUUUAUGGGAAGCGCAGGGUACUUCAACAUCGGUGACUUCAUCCCGUCAGUUGCCUGCAUGGAUUUACAAGGGAUUGAAGGCAGAAUGAAGCGCUUGCACCAGAAAUUCGACGCGCUGUUGACGAAGAUGAUCGAGCAGCACUCAGUAUCUGCUCAUGAGCGUAAAGGAAAACCUGAUUUCCUCGAUGUUCUCCUAGCCAACAGAGAGAACUCCGAGGGCGAGAAACUUAGUUUGAUCAACACUAAGGCUCUUCUCUUGGCAUAUGCAUGUGUCACGGGUCGAUCGAUCUAG